AUGCACCUGCUAUUUUCAUGGAUCUGAUGAACAGAGUGUUCAAGGAGUAUCUGGAUCAGUUUGUGAUCGUCUUUAUCGACGAUAUUCUGGUAUAUUCUGCUUCUGAGGAUGAUCAUGCCAGACAUUUGAGCAUUGUGUUGGAGACUCUGAGACGGCAUCAGUUGUAUGCUAAGUUCUCCAAGUGUGAAUUCUGGCUGAAGAACAUUUCAUUUCUGGGGCAUGUGGUUAGCGGUGAAGGUAUUUCUGUUGAUCACCAGAAGAUUCAGGCUGUUGCGAAUUGGCCAAGGCCUACUACGGUAUUUGAGGUACGUAGUUUCUUAGGCAUGGCUGGAUAUUAUAGAAAGUUUGUGAAAGGAUUUUCUCAUAUUGCUACACCUCUGACGAGACUGACUCAGAAGUCAGUAGCUUUUGUUUGACACCAGAGUGUGAGGCUAGUUUUCAGAGAUUGAAGGAUUGUCUGACCUCAGCUCCAGUGUUAGCACUACCGUCAGGUACGGAAGGAUUUCAAGUGUUCAGUGAUGCUUCACUAAAAGGUUUGGGAUGUGUGCUGCAUCAGCAUGGUAGGGUAAUUGCUUAUGCUUCGAGACAGUUAAAACCACAUGAAAAGAAUUACCCGACACAUGAUUUGGAAUUAGUUGCAGUUGUUUUUGUUUUGAAGAUUUGGCGUCACUAUUUGUAUGGCGUCAGAUGUGAGAUCUUCACAGAUCACAAGAGUUUGAAGUACAUUUUCACUCAGAAGGAUCUGAAUUUGAGGCAAAGAAGGUGGCUUGAGAUGAUAAUGGUACAAAAUAGUGGUUGGAUGAUAAUGGUACAAAAAAAUUCAGACAACAAAGGUCAAAUGAAGCAACAAUGGUGGGAGGCUUACAAUCAGGAGAUAGAAUUUGGGGGAUCAUAGUCGAGUAUAGUGGUUGGAUGAUAAUGGUACAAAAAAAUUGGUUGGGUGGUGGUCCAACAAUCUUGGUCGAUCAAUGGUCCAAUUGUCAUAAUGGGUGAUGUUUCGAUGAUGGCGGUCAAACAAUGAUUUGAUAAUGGUGCUCGUGUGGAGCUCCUGGUUUCUUAGAGAAUUUGAGCUCUCUUUAAUUUGAAGCCAAUGUAUUUCCCCUUCAUGUGGAUAGUGUGGGUUUAUUUAUAGAAUUUGAGAAUAUUACUCCAUAAAUAUAGAGAAAAUUCGAAUGCACCUCAUUAGACAUGUCUUUCCACAUUUAGUUGCUUUAAUGAUAUUAGAAUUAUAUACUCUUGGGCUUGUUGCAUUCAUCGCAUCGAGAUGCCCAAUUUUAUUAUAAGCACGAAGAUUUGAACAUUAUUUAGCCACCUAUUAACGUCUCAUACUUUCUUAAUGCGCUGAAAAUGCUUGAUUUCAAAAAAUUUGAAUUUGGACAGGAUCUUUUUUUUGUGCCGAUAUUUCCUCUGGUCAAAAUGUUUAAUUUAAUAAAAAUCGAAGUUUAGAUAAUUCGUGUUUUAAUUUAAAAAAAUUAAUUUAAAUAUAUAUAUUAGUUGCGUGCAACAGGGUUCGUUUUAAUCUGUUCAAAAUGGCACGCUAUUAGAAUUAUGUUAAAUGACACGUUUCACAAGCAGGUUAGAAGUUCUUAAAUAUUGCUUGAAAAUUAUCGCCGUUAGUUAAAUUUAGCAAUUUAUGAUGCCAACCAUGCACUUCAUGAUAUAGAUUGAUAAGCAAGCAAGCCAGACAAAUUUUUCUUGUUAAUUAAUAAUCUAUCUAGUGUUUUCAAUCCUUUAAACAUUUAUAAAUAUCCUCCAACAAACAAAUUAAAUACAGUUGAUCGAAGAAGGGAAUCAUCACACAUCAUUAAUGUCAUAUAUCUAAAAAUUAAAGAUAGAGACUGGGCGGACAUUGUCAAUUGGCAAACAAUUUUUUUUAUUCUUCGUUAAUGAAUUUAUGACGUCUUUCUCCCGACCGUACCGUUGAACCGGUCCUCUCUCUCUCUAUAUAUAUAGGUGUGUGAAGACAGAAGACUGUAGAGCAUCGAUAUCCCUUCGUAAAUCUCAAGAAGGAUGACAGAGAAAGUAGCAGCGAUGGGCCAGCAAAAAAACAACGCGACAAAGGCGUCUCAUAAGAAGAAGAGCAGCAGUCUUAUGCGGUGCAUGAAGGCCCCGCUCAGAGCCUUACGAUGCGCUCGUGACAUGUACGUGAAAAGCCUCGGUGGUUGCGCAGGAGCAGGUGGAGGUGGGCGUGGAGCCCCAAUGACGGGAGUUACUGCAGGGAUGGUGGCGAUGAUGCCGCGCGCUCGCAGCGUCAACGCAUUUGGGAACUCAAAUGGCUUUGGAGGAGGGAGUGGCCGGGAUGAUGAUUUUAAGGAGCUUAUUCGCGCGAAUUCUAAGCAAGAUCAUGAUGAUGCAGCUGCAGGGAUGGCACAAGCGAUUAAAAGGAGCCAAAGCGUGGCGCCUGCUAUUGGGAGGAUUGAUGAGGAUGCUCCAUGCGAUGACUUUGAUGGGGAUAUUUAUAAGUUGGGGAUUCCAAGGAGCAAGAGUUGCGCGGUGGUGCCUACUGCACGAAGGAUUAAUAUCCUCGGUGUUACGCCCACGGCUUGAUUUUGUUUCUUUUUUUUUUCCCUCAUGUGAUCGAGGGUGUGUGUGUGUGUCAUUGGGGGGUGGCGGGCGCUAAGAUUUCUCGUCUAACUUUUUGUUUUGAGGUAUGUGCUAUAUGUUUUUUUUUUUUUUUUUGUAAACCCGGGGCGUGAAAAGCCCAUAUAUUAAAAAAGGAAAUUCAAAUUA